AUGCUCUGUGCAGGUCCUUCCCGCUGCUACAACUUCUGGCAGGAGGUUCUCGGUUGCUACGUCGUCAAUGCUGGAGAGGGUGAAACCGGCAAGAAGAAGUGCAUGCCCGCUCUGGAGGACUACUACGAAUGCCUGCACCACAAGAAAGAGGCUAUCCGGACGAUGAAGAUGCAGGCCGCCUACCGCAAGGCUGAGGCCGCCACUCCCCGUGAAAACGCACCCAAGGCCGAACAGAUCCGCAGUCUGGGACUGUUAGGGAAAGAGGAGGAGGCUGCGGCGUUUUUGAGCAAGUCUUAG